AUGCAGGAUCUUUUUGUACAAAACAUUUCUUUAAAAAAUUUUAAACUGAAUUGUUUUCAUGGUUUGGAAGAAUGGAGACCUGUGCUAUUUAUUCCCUAUUUUCUAAUGUUUUUGCUGUCAAUUUUUGGAAACUCUAUUCUUGUGUAUCUAAUAAUAUCGCAGAGGGCUUUGCACUCUCCUAUGUUUGUACUAAUUGGUCUUAUGGCAGUUGUGGACUUGUGUUCACCAAUGCUUUUUGUACCACAUAUGUUGUUUAGUUUUUUAUUUGACUGGAACGGUAUUUCUCUUGUUGGCUGUUUGAUACAAAUGUUUUGCAUUCAUUAUUCUGGGACAUUCCAGUCUACUCUACUGUUGGCAAUGGCACUGGAUCGUUACUUUGCUAUUUGCAGACCACUUUUUUAUCACAAGUAUAUGGAAAUAUGUAACUUUUUAAAGUUCAUCGGCAUUCCUUUAAUCAGAAAUGGAGCCUUAGUUACCGCAGUGGUUUGUCUUGCAGGAAGACUAUCUUACUGUGCAAACAAUGUGAUAGACCAUUGUUUUUGUGAACAUAUGGCAUUGGUUCAGUUGGCAUGUGAAGAUAUUUCUAUUAAUAACAUGGUAGGACUUUUGACGGCUUUCCUCAUACCAGCCUUAGAUUUUGUUUUCAUUGCUUUAUCUUAUAUAAUAAUAUUCAUCACUGUUCUAAAAUCUGGUAAGGCCCACUUGAAGGCUCUUAAUACGUGUAUUACUCAUAUAAUUGUUAUCACUUUUACACUAUUUUUUGCCCUAGUUUCUUUUAUGUUAUAUAGAGUAAGAAAUGAUUUCUCUCCAAGCAGCCGUGUAUUUUUGAGCACAAUGUAUUUACUUUUUCCAAGCUGUUUUAACCCAAUAAUAUAUGGACUGAGAACAAAAGAAAUAAGGCAACAGUUUCUGAAAUUAAUAAAAUACAUAAAUAUAUAAAAUACAUGCAUCACUGUGGUUGGAAUGCAGGUAUAACAUGAACAUUUUCAAAAAAUAUUCCAAUGACUGUGUCACUUGUAUAGAUUACGUGAAUGACAAUUAUGCUAACGCAGUGUAACCAGAAGUAAAUAAGUAUUUCUUAAUACACUAUAACACAACAAAACACAUUUAAAACAUUGUUACUAUAACAACUGUUAAAUAUUUGUGAGAUGUACAGCAAUCUUUGCAUUACAAGUCUUAUUGUGCAAUUCUUUUUAUUUUGCUCAGAUCUGAUUUUCCUGCCUUGAAAGUUUGCAUUUGUAAAUUAUGCAUAUCUUAUCUACCAGCAAAUUAACAGCACAAGCAUUUAUCUGAAAGAUUUGCUGUAGAGGUCAGCCAACAGUUCAUCACCUGAUUUGUGCAAGCUGUAAGUGCCUGUUACUGAAUUAAACUGAGAAAUAUUUGGACAUGGGAGUAGAGCUAGCAGUGAUCUGCGUAUGCACAGUGUGAUGUAAAGAAAAGACAUGAAUUCUGAUUUAAGCCUUCAUAUUACACUUGAAU